AGCUUUUCACAGCUCCCUGAGAUCUCCCAGGUGGUGGCUACCUCCUCUGGACAGGCUCCUCCACGAUGACCACACUGAGCACCCAGGUCAAAGGCUCUCUCAAUGUCAGCACUCCGGGGGUGCAGAUCUGGAGGAUCGAGGCCAUGCAGAUGGUGCCUGUUCCUUCCAGCACCUACGGGAACUUCUUUGAUGGUGACUGCUACAUAGUCCUGGCCAUCCACAAGACAGGCAGCAAUAUAUCCUAUGACAUCCACUACUGGAUUGGCCAGAACUCAUCCCAGGAUGAGCAGGGUGCAGCCGCAAUCUACACCACGCAGAUGGAUGACUUUCUGAAGGGCCGAGCAGUCCAGCACCGUGAGGUCCAGGGCAACGAGAGUGAGGCCUUCCAAGGCUACUUCAAGCAGGGCCUUAUUGUUCGCAAAGGAGGCGUGGCUUCCGGGAUGAAGAACGUGGAGACUAACUCCUACAAUGUCCAGCGGCUGCUCCAUGUCAAGGGCAAGAGGAAUGUGGUGGCUGGAGAGGUGGAGAUGUCCUGGAAGAGUUUCAACCGUGGUGAUGUUUUCCUCCUGGACCUUGGGAAGCUUAUCAUCCAGUGGAAUGGGCCUGAGAGCAACCACAUGGAGAGACUCAAGGGUAUGACCCUGGCCAAGGAGAUCCGAGACCAGGAGCGGGGUGGGCGUGCCUACGUGGGCGUGGUGGAGGGGGAGAACGAGAUGGCGACCCCGCAGCUGAUGGAGGUGAUGACCCACGUGCUGGGCCAGCGGAGGGAGCUGAAGGCAGCUGUGCCUGACACGGUGGUGGAGCCCGCGCUCAAGGCCUCCCUCAAGCUGUACCAUGUGUCUGACUCGGAGGGAAAACUAGUGGUUAGUGAAGUUGCCACGCGGCCUCUCACACAGGACCUGCUCAGGCAUGAGGACUGUUACAUCCUGGACCAAGGGGGCCUGAAGAUCUUUGUGUGGAAAGGGAAGAAUGCCAAUGUCCAGGAGAAGAAGGAAGCCAUGAACCAGGCCCUGAACUUUAUCAAAGCCAAGAAGUACCCAGACAACACACAGGUGGAGGUGCAGAAUGAUGGGGCAGAGUCUGCGGUCUUCCAGCAACUCUUUCAGAAGUGGACAGUGCCCAACCGGACGUCUGGCCUGGGCAAAACCCACACUGUGGGCUCCGUGGCCAAGGUGGAGCAGGUGAAAUUUGAUGCUGCGUCCAUGCACAUCAAGCCUCAGGUGGCUGCUCGGCAGAAGAUGGUAGACGACGGGAGUGGGGAAGUGCAGAUGUGGCGCAUCGAGGACCUGGAGCUGGUGCCUGUGGAUUCCAAGUGGUUAGGCCACUUCUACGGGGGUGACUGCUAUCUGCUGCUCUACACCUACCUCAUCGGUGACAAGAAGCACUACCUGCUCUACAUCUGGCAGGGCAGCCAGGCCAGCCAGGAUGAAAUCGCAGCCUCAGCCUAUCAAGCCGUCAUCCUGGACCAGAAGUACAAUGAUGAAGCAGUACAGAUCCGAGUCCCAAUGGGCAAGGAGCCGGACCACCUCAUGUCCAUCUUCAAGGGACGAAUGGUGGUCUACCAGGGAGGCACCUCUCGGGCUAACAGCUCAGAGCCAGCACCCUCCACACAGCUGUUCCAGGUUCGGGGCACCAGCACAAACAACACCAAGGCCUUUGAGGUCCCAGCCCGGGCCAACUCCCUCAACUCCAAUGAUGUCUUCAUCCUCAAGACCCCAUCCUGCUGCUACCUGUGGUAUGGGAAGGGUUGUAGUGGGGACGAGCGGGAGAUGGCCAAGAUGGUGGCUGACAUCAUCUCACGAACGGAGAAGCAAGUGGUUGUGGAAGGGCAGGAGCCAGCCAACUUCUGGAUGGCCUUGGGUGGGAAGGCCCCCUAUGCCAACUCCAAGAGGUUGCAGGAAGAAACCAUGACCAUCACCCCUCGGCUCUUUGAGUGUUCCAACCAAACUGGGCGCUUCCUGGCUACAGAAAUCCCUGACUUCAAUCAAGAUGACUUGGAAGAGGAAGACGUGUUCCUGCUUGAUGUCUGGGACCAGGUCUUCUUCUGGAUUGGGAAGAAUGCCAGAGAGGAUGAGAAGAAGGCAGCAGCCGUCACAGUGCAAGAGUACCUCAAGACCCACCCCAGCGGUCGUGACCCUAACACCCCCAUCAUUGUGGUGAAGCAGGGACACGAACCCCCCACCUUCACAGGCUGGUUCCUGGCUUGGGACCCCUUCAAGUGGAGUAAUGCCAAAUCCUACGAGGACCUGAAGAUGGAACUUGGAAACCCUGGGGACUGGGACCAGUUCACAGCUGAGAUCACAAGCUCCCAAUUGGAUGUGUUCAAUGCUAACAGCAACCUCAAUUCUGGGCCUCUCCCCACCUUCUCCCUGGAGCAGCUGGUGAACAAGCCGGUGGAAGAGCUCCCCGAGGGUGUAGACCCCAGCAGGAAGGAGGAGCACCUGUCCCUUGAGGAUUUCACAAAGGCCUUGGGGAUGACUCCAGCUGCCUUCUCUGCCCUGCCGCGAUGGAAGCAGCAAAACCUCAAGAAAGAGAAAGGACUGUUUUGAGAAGCAUCGCUGCAACUGUACAGCACCACCCUACCCUGCUUGCAGGGUCUCUCUUUAUUCCUGGUAUUACCCUUUGCCAAUUGAAGCAUAAAUUUAUAGCUGUGCCUGUGAGCAGCAGAGCCUGUGGCAAUGCCAUCUGUUU